UUGACAAUAAAACAAAAUAAAGAAACAAAACUGAAAAGCACGAAAGGACCUAGGGCUAGCUUACCUGCUUAAUUAUCACUGUUUCUUCAAACUGUAAUCCGCUGCUGGACAUUUGGAACAGCCCGGAAACAUUACUACUUUGGUGUGUUGAAUGCGCAUUUGUUGUAGCUUCUAAUGGAUAGUGAGCCACCAUCCGGCGGACGUUUGGUCGAUUUAGUGGAUAACGAGUGGAUUGCUGACGAGCUGCCUUUCGACCAUAUCCAAGUACCUUGCGAUAAGCUGCCAGAUCCCGAGGCAGACAAUGGUGACUCACACUUGACGUUGAAAGAGCAAGAGCAGAAAUGGACUGACUUGGCGCUAACGUCGCUGGCCCCGGAUCUGUCCGUUACCGAGCAAGUUAAUUUCCCUGGUGUUUAGGAUUGUUGGGAAUGUGCUGCACAAUACUUGCCACCCUCCCAUGUCGAUGUGCUGUAUUGAUUGCAACUUUAUUUAAGUGAUCACCAGCAAAAACAGUUAAUCAAUAAUCCAUUACCAUGAAUAGACACCUACACUCCCCCACGAUUUUAACGGAGUUUGCCCGCACGUUCGAGGAAGAACAGGAAACCAUAUUUUCGAAGUUAGUAAAUAGGCUUACGAACAACAGCCGGUCCAACAAUGAAUCGCCUCUUCAAGAGGCGGUUCUGCAAGAAGAGCCUUCGACAGGCGACGGCGAUGCCGAGAGUAGAGAUGUACGGGAAGUACCAGCUGAGGUUAGCCAAUCUACCUCAUUGGCUACCGGAAACAUCCCUGUAAGCGGUGCAUAUACGGAGCCGAAGCAUGGAUCGUCUGUAGUUGAAGCGGCCGCUGGUGAACGUAGCACUACUAGCGUACUUCGUCGCUUAAGCAGUCUUAUAUCGCAGAAACCAAGCACUAAAAGGAGCUACAAGAACACAAAUCUUCAAAAAUUCUGGAUGCCCGAUUCCACCUCCAUCGAGUGCUACGAUUGUUCGGUAAAGUUUUCAACAUUCCGCCGGAAACACCACUGCCGCCUGUGUGGCCAAAUCUUCUGCACGAAAUGCUGCAACCAGGUGGUAACGGGAAAGAUAAUCAACUGCUCGGAUGAUUUGCGCGUGUGUAACUAUUGCUCGAAAGUAGUCUUGACGUACCUUAAAUCGUCCAACAUUGCCGCUGAUUUAAAGCCGGACUUAAAAGCGCUGCAGGAUGAUCUGGCCCAAAAGCUGUCAACGCUGCAACCACCGGUAGGUGGCGGAACCGAAACCGGUGGCACUGCCUCGGCGAGUGGCAGAAACCGCAGAAAAAUUUCCGUUGGCUAUCAAGAGGAACGGUUUGCCGCUAGUGCCGGAUCAGGAAUUUCUUCAGCCGAUCGCAAAUCCAUCCUGCAGCAGUCUAACUCGUUGAAAACGUUGUACGAUGAAAUGUGUCGCUCGUUGCCGCUGUACAAUCGGGGCCACGAGCUUAUCGAUUUCCUGUUUAGCAGACAAAAGUCGUCGAACAAUAUGCAAGCCAUCGCCAUACUGAAUGCGAUGAUCGACGCGGGAUUUUUGAUAGCGAUAUUUGAAUUGAAGAAUGAGCAGAACAGCGCCGAAGAAGACACCAAUGUUACGCACGAGAAAGUGUUGCUACAUCAAAAGCAACAGCAGCAGCAAUUGCAACGCGAGGGCAGCGGUGGAUCGGUAGAGGAUGACGAGGAAAGCACCACAAUCACGAUCGAGUUCAGCGAAGAAACGGUGUACAAGUUGGCUGUGUUACAGGGCACCAACACCCCUGGGCCGGGAGGUGGAGGUGGAGCAGGAGAAGGCGCCUACCACUUGGAGUUGAACUUUAAAUCCAGCUCCGUGUUGAUGCGCUCAGGGAAUGACGAUCAAUCGUCCGUCGAUAGUGAAGACGGCACGGGAAGCGGCAUCGGAGGCAGCACAACGUUGAGCAGCAUAAUGCUGAAGGAUUCGAUAAUGGACAGCUCGUAUUUAAUAUCGACCGGAGCUAAAGCAUUGCUGAAAGCAUUCUGCGAACACGAAGAACUGCUCGUGAAUCAAUUGCUGAGAGCGCAGAACCUUGAUCCAUCGUGGAGCAAAACGCUCAUCCCGAUAGUGGCCCGUGUGGCAAACACCAUGCGUCUGGAUGAGGCUUACGGCACGGACGCGAUGGACAUCCGGAACUACGUUUACUUCAAGAAGGUCCCCGGCGGGGAUCGCAGUGAGUCGCAGAUACUGGGUGGAGUGGUUUUUUCGAAGAAUGUUGCCCACAAGGAGAUGUCGCAAAAGGUGGACAAACCGAAGAUAUUGCUGCUGCAGUGUGCGAUUGCCUACCAGCGCGUGGAAGGAAAGUUUGUCAGCUUUGAUACGCUGAUGCUGCAGGAACGUGACUAUCUGCGUAACAAGGUGUCAAAAAUCAUCAGCCUUGGACCGAAUAUUGUGCUCGUGCACAAGAAUGUUGCCGGCAUCGCUCAAGAUAUGCUACGCAACAACGGAAUAACGUUGGUGCUGGACGUUAAAUUGUGCGUGCUGGAGCGCAUCGCACGGUUUCUGGAUUGUGAUAUUAUCAGCUGCAUUGACUCUAAUGUUGGACAGCCGAAGCUGGGUGUUUGCGAUCGGUUCAGGAUUCAAACGUUUUAUGAUGAUCAAGGAUCUUCCAAAACAUUAAUGUGCCUCGAAAAGCAGCACAGUCCUCGAGGAUGCUGCAUUCUUCUCCGGGGAUCCAAACGAAGCGAGCUGGCAAAAAUAAAGAAAAUUGCAUCCUUGUUGCUUCUGGCGCGUCACAACUGGCGCUUUGAGCUGUCGUAUCUGUGCGACGUGUACGCGAUGCCACCGACGCCUCGGACAAGCAUAUUCGAUUCGAAAGAAUCUACCCCCUUGGAUCCACUGCCACAAUCGCAAUGCUUAGAAGCUUCUGUCCAAAUACCGAAGGAAGAAACUUCGAUGCCGUUCGACAACGAUAAAACAGCGGUUCAAAAAGAGCAACCAACAAAAAUCGUACGCAUGACGACAGAGACUGCAGCGAAUCGAGAAAAUGUUGGCGACUGGACGGAUCCAUUGCGGUCGGGAGCGUUCGGACCAUCGGAGGACGGUGGUGGCCAGUAUGCCGACGAAGACGACACAUCGUUCGAGCUAGCAGCAGAAACGCCUAACGAUAACCGAUUUCGGUCGGCACUCAGCUCGACCAUUUUGUCCAUCAGUCCGUUCGUCGCGUUCCCGCUACCAUACCUUGAGACAGACGCUGGCCGUAAGUGUGCUCUUCGUUGUCACUUUCCCGAAGAGCUGUACUUCUCCAAGCAAUGGAGCAACGAAGGAACGUUAGGUUCGAUGGGCGAAAAAAGCUGUGCAGCAUUGAUCGAUAAUGCUGCCGGGGCUGGGACCGGCGCCCCGAUCGAAGAGGAAGAAAAGCAACUGUUACCGGUGCAUCCGUUCGUGACGCAUAAGAUAACAGCCUCGGUGGACAGUAAGGAGAUGCAAACGAUUCUCGCCAGCUUCCGCGCUUGUGGUGGUCGUUAUCCGAAAGUUUCCAUGAUGAAGAAGACAUCAUCUCGCAAACGGCGUCUUACCACGAUGGCUCAACGCUCGCUGGAAGAAUUCGUUUAUCGUGAUGCGUUGGACAUCGAAAACCACCAACGGUUGCCGGUGCUGUUCUGUAGCUUCAACUACAACGAAAACGUUCCUUCCACGUUCUGUGCGCAACCAUCCUAUCUGGACAUGCAAUUCUAUGGGCAGAACGACAUUAUGCUUGGACUGUUUCUGGAGCACUAUUGCUUCCGUAGCACGUACAUCUGCAAAUCGUGCAACCUUCCCAUGAUGGAUCAUGUGCGACGCUACGUCCACUCGGGUGGCUGCAUUCAAGUGAAGCUGGUAGAGGAUGUGACCAAGAUGGAUACCGGCACGAUACUGAUAUCGUCCAAGUGUACAAUCUGCAACGAAUACUCUAAACCGGCCCCAAUGUCCCAGGACACCUGGUGCUAUUCGUUUGCAAAGUUUCUGGAACUUCGGUUUCACGGCCAUGCCUACAAGAAACGAAACUGCGAAGGAAUCACGGAUGACUCGGAUCGAAGCGACGAAGCAGGUGGGAUGGUGUGUCGGCAUUCGCUGCACCGCGACUUUGAGCAAAACUUCUCCUACAAAGGGAUCGUGGCAAGCUUCCGCUAUACGGCGGUCGAUGUGUGGGAAAUAGUGUUACCGGCGAUGUCUAUCUCGAUGGCGAUCCCGGCAGUUGGGAGUAACCAUCGGUGCAUUACCGAUCAGCGGACGGAAGAAAUGAAGGCGCUCGCGAUAAUGGGAUAUGAUGUGUUUGUUAAGAUUUUGGAAAAACUUGCCGAACUGUCGGUCGAUACGGAUACGUUCGGCAAGCUGAAAAAGAAAGCCAACCAGGAUCAGGUAGCGUUCAAGCAGCGCAUCGAAAAGGUGCAGAAGCUACUGACGGAGGAUGUGCUUUCGGUGGAGCUAAUCGAUGACGCGAUCGUGACGCUGAAGCACACGCUAGCAGAAGCAAUAGAGGAGUGGGAACCGAAGUUGCACGACAUAAUCAACCAGGCAAAGAGUGCUCAAACAUCAAAGCCUGCAACGACGGGAGUGGAUAGUAGCAGCAACACCGGUGCCACGAUCGACAGUGGGAUGAUCGCUACCGAAGAAUUGGAUCUAACUCGAGCUAACGAUCCGCAGCAGGAUGUAGCGUCUUUUACGGAACCAGUGGAGACCGAACCAAUUGAAAGCGCUCCGUCAGGGGUGAGUGGAAAGCUCGACCCUGCUGAUUCGAUUACGGCUGAGCUAGAGGAAGAGAAAGUGGUGGCCACCUCUACUAGCGAGGAAAAGCAACCGUUGAGGGAGUGCCUGAAUGAAAAGAAAACAGUUAAAACCAUACUGAGCCAACUGCUCUCGACGAACGAUUAUUCGCACAUUCUAAGCUCGCCCUUGCCAGCGCACGAACACCAUUGCCUGAAGGCUGGUCUGUUCCCUAUCGUAGUGAGCGAGCACGAUUUGGGCUCCUGCAUUGCGUACAGUCUGAUGUCCCAGGAGUAUCGCAAAAUGCUGGACAGCAUGCACAGUGGCGGUAAUGGUGGAAUCAUCACGAUAGGAGCGCCCGAAAACAGUCCCAACAUGAAGCGUAAAUCCACCUCGGUGAGCUCGACUACGGAUGCAGAAGACUCACCCGGUAUGGGUCACGCAAAAAGUGAGCAAGACAAAAAGCAUAAAAACGCUGCCCACAGCGAAAUCCAUUUUCAGGAUGCUAACUGCAACUUUGUUUGCCGGAUCUACUUUGCAAAAGAAUUCGAUUUUCUGCGGUGUCAGAUUCUGAAACAUCCUCCAGCCUCAGGAACGACGCAUCGGGUAUCGGUUGGAACCACAGGCAGUACAGGCACCACGGGAACAGUAUCCGGUGCUGGCGGUGGAAAUGGAUCGAAUGUCAGUGGGACGGAUACGCUCGAAGCUUCCCAGGAAGCGAUGGAAGUUGUGCGAAAAAUGUUUGCACGAUCGUUGAGCAAAAGUGUCCGCUGGGAGGCACGUGGUGGCAAGAGUGGCUCCAAGUUCAGCAAAACGGUCGACGAUCGCUUUGUGCUGAAAGAGAUGUCACGCACGGACCUGACAAUAUUUGAAAACUUUGCCCCGAACUACUUCGAGUACUUGCAGCGUUGCAUGAGGCUGAAGCACAUAACGCUGCUGGCCAAAAUAUUCGGAGUCUUCAAAAUUACGAUCAAACGGAAAGACAAUACCACUGUUGAGAGCGCCGUGCUAGUUAUGGAGAAUCUGUUCUGUGGAAAGGACAUCAACGAAAAGUAUGACCUGAAAGGAUCGGAUCGUAACCGUCUCGUGGAUCCGAACCGGCAGACUGGAACAGAACGAGUGUUGAUGGAUGAAAACUUUAUUCAAAUGUCCUGGACGAAUCCGCUGUACAUUCUGUCCCACAGCAAGACAGUGCUGAAGGAAGCCAUUACGCGGGACGCUUGUUUCCUGGAGCGCAACGAAGUGAUGGACUACUCGCUUUUGGUCGGAUUGGAAAGUUCAGAAAGGAAUCUCGUAAUAGGGAUAAUCGAUUACAUUCGCACUUACACUUUGGACAAAAAGUUUGAAUCGAUGAUCAAGCAGUCGGGACUUAUGGGCGGUCAUGGAAAGCUACCCACCGUGGUUUCGCCCAAGAUGUACAAAAAUCGGUUCAUUGUGGCGAUGGAAAGAUACUUCCUAUGCGUGCCGGAUCGUUGGGAAGGAUUGGGAAAGAAAUAAAUGUAAGUGUGUGCUUCUAUAGUAA